AUGAAGCGAAUAUGUAAUGACACGCCAACAAAUGACAUCCUUAAUGAACUAGCAGCUGAUGGUGUUAUGUCCAGUUCUGAAGCAUCGAAACUAAGAAGAAUCCAGGAUGAUAACGAAAAAAAUUUUGAAUUAUAUAAAAUUUUGGAGAAAAGAGGAGAUAGAGAUUUUUUAAAAUUUUGUGAAGCACUUAAGAAUCACGAUACUGACAAUGCCCAAGAAUUAGGAAAUUUAUUGGAAAAUCAAGCUAAGAAUGCAAUUUCAGGUGUCCAACCUAGUCCUGUUGUAACCACCCCAGUUACGUCAGUAGCUCCCAUUUCUCAUGAAGCUGGAAAGGAUACCACUGAUCAGGCAUCUGCAGUUAAUGAUCAAACAAAAUAUAGUUACGAUGUAUUUCUUAGCCACUCCUGGGAUAAUAAGGAAGACGUCAUUCAUGUAAAAAAAUAUCUGGAAAGUAAAGGAAUUACCUGUUGGAUAGACAACGAGCAACUCAGUGGGGGAAUGAAACUUUUACCGGAAAUCUCUAAAGCUAUCCUAGCGUCUAGGGUGUUUGUGCCGUUUAUGAGUAAGAAAUAUAUCGAAUCAAAGAAUUGCUAUUCGGAAAUCAGCUACGCCAGUGACAAAAAAAAGGAUAUGGUAGCAGUCAUUAUUGAAGAUAUAAGACCACAGGGCGAGUUAGUCUCAUCUACAGGAACAGAUUUCUAUAUCUAUAUUACUGGAGAUUUAUAUAUCAAAAUCCUCGUCAAUAAACAAGCAACGGCUGAAUUAGAAAAGAAAUUAAAUGAAUUAUACGAAUCGAUUAGAAAAGCAAAGAAUUCGAGGAAGUGA